AUGAUUUUGGUAUUAGAUGUUGGAUUGAUUCCUCUGCAUGAUCCAACAGCAACUAUAUUGGAACAGCUGAAGAUCCCAUUUUCCUAUCUUCCACCUAUCAACACUCUGGCAGAAGAGCUAACUGCUCCUCCACCUUCAAAUUGUCGCUUUCCACUUUCUAACAGUUGGUAUGCUCAAAUUAGCUUUCGUGUCCCUACUUCACUUGUGGAACAAUCAUUCGUACUUUCCACAGAUCAACAUUCCGAACAGUUAUUAGUAGCAAUUGUUGGAACAAUCAUCGAACCUCCUCCAACUGGACAUACAGAGGAAUCAUUCCAUAACUUGUGGGAUAGUCUCAUCACACAAACUAUACGAUUAUUUUGUGCAGAAACCAUAAGCUAUGAGAGGAACUCAAAUCACUUUACAUCUACUGGAUUGCAACGACCUGACCUUACCCUUUCUAUUGGAGAGUAUAGUAUCUUUCGAGCAGAGGAAAAAGGACCAGAAACUCUUGGUGACCCUGCAAAUGAGCUUAUAUCAAAACUCUUCUGGACAUAUGAUGAUCUUCCUUAUCCUUGCUUAUUAUCUAUAAGUCAUGUGAAUGGGAAAAUUACUUUACAUUCUCUUUGUACUUUUAAUUUACAACAGCUUGGAGAUCGUCUAAGAUUGUUCAAUGCCUGUCGGGUAGUUGGGCGAUUACUUCCCAUGCUUGCUUCAUGGUGCAGAUCAAAUAGGGAAAUUAUUGGUGAUCAGCUUGUAAUUAAACGACCUGUGAAAACUGUGGAGCUUACAGGAUCUGUAGUAAAAAAGAAGUAUUUGAGCAAUGAUCAUUGGCAGCAUGCAAGAGAUAUUUACAGAGACCUGAGAUGGGACAAUGUUGCUCAUGAGAUUGGCAAAACCAAGGAUAAUGCAAACUGGUUCUUAUUGGACUUUGAUGAAGGUGUUGGUUUUCCACAGUCAGUUGGAGCUAAUUUGGACCUUCGAUCUCAUGCCCCAGAAAUUGUAGGGCCACAUACCAAUAGUGUAGAUGUAUGGGGGAUUGGUUAUCUACUUCAGACAAGUAACUUGGUGAGGGAAGAUGAUAAAGUCUUAGGGACACUAAUGAAACGAUGUCUUGCUGUAAAUCCAUUGGAAAGACCAACAAUUUCAGAUUGUUUGGAAAUUAUAUGUCAAUGCAUGAUAAAUUAG